CAGCCAAAGAGAAUCAGUAGGAAAGAAUUCUAAAGAAUUUUAAGCGCAUUUUUGAUUCAACAGGUUGCAGACCCCACGAUGUUGGAGCUUCUCUACGCAGAUGCAAAGAGAAAUGUGCUAAAAGGACACUAUCCUUGCUCAGAGGAGGAUGCCAUUGAAUUGGGUGGACUCACCAUGCAAGGUGUUGUACGGAGACCACGUUUCCAUGGUGCACCACAGCGGAUUCCUUCAGGGACAGCUGGAAGAAGUCCUGCCAGUCGCAAUGGCUACCCCUUCGCGGAGAAAGAGUGGAAUUUGAACGUCGUAUACUCGCACAACAUCUCGAGUCUCAAAGUGUAUCAACGUUCUCCGACAAUGACCCUAGGUUCACUCUACAAGCAGUACCUUCGAAAUGCUGCCAGUGGCCUUUCUACGGAGCCGCAUUCUUCCACGGUAGCCUAGCACAAGACCUUCCCCUACCAACACAGGUCAAAAUACAUCGAAAGGCGACGUUCUAUAAACAAUAGCAGCACACGUCCGGAUUCCACCUCAUCUCCUUGGAACAAAUUCUGUGAUACAAAAUCACUCAGUAACGACUAGUAAGAUUGGAAGCACUGCUGAAAAAACACUGCGUGCAGCUGUCAAGGAGCGACCCCAAAACCUGCACGUCCAGAUAAAAACAGAAUGGCUGACUCUUCUAGUCCCUCGUUCACGAAUGUCUGAGCAGACCUCAACCGUUCCAAUGGCAACACAAGACAACAACGGCACCGCACACAAGCAAAAUGAUGACGGUCGAA